AAUCUGGCUAAGACUAGAAGCCUUUCCGGGGACACUUCAAAAUGGCUGAUGUUUUUGGAGAUUUGGAUUUAUUCUCGGAAUUUGAUAAAGAUAGAGAAGCUAAGAGUAGUUAUAUUCACUAUGAAGAGGACUCGGUCAAGUCUCGAAUUGUUUUUGAACAUUAUGAAUCUGAAGAAGAAAGUGAGUCAGAAGAUGAAUUCGUUGAGCCCAUAGACACAAAUUGUUCGUCUAGUGCACAUGCUGAUGCCGAUGCUGAAAAUGAAAAAGAAAAAGAGCAGCCCUCCAUUGCGGAGGCGCAAGAGCAGUCAGAAGCACCGAUGGUAUUAGAAACACCCACAGAAGCCCAGACCGAACUGACUACUGUAGAAGGUUUGUCAUCAGAUAAAAUAGCAUACGAACAGAAUUAUACAAAAGAAGAUGUUGGAUCAGAUAUGACUCAAAUGGCUAUGAAUAGCAUGACCAUGAACACUAUGAAUAUGGGAAUGGGCCUAGGAGAUGGAAAUGAACAUGUAAAUAUGGCCAUGACAACAGAUAUGACCAUGGUAACAGACAUGUCAUUAACAGAUGAAACAAAAAUGGAAUAUUACAUGGACCAAGGCUAUGAGGGUAUGAUAAUGGAUGAAACUUACGGGUAUGGCUAUGGUAUGUAUAAUGGUUAUGAAUACAAAAAGCCUGAGGUGGAAAUAAAAUUAUCUCCUGAAGAUGAAGCAAAAGCAGCCUGGCUGAAUGAGCAGCUGCAUGCUGAAGCUGCAGAAGAGGCCAAAAAGCAAGAUAUAUCUGUACAGCAAUUAAUAUAUGACAGAAACAAAUUUCGUCGUUAUGCCAAGAUUCUGGAUUCUACCAGAUAUGUUCCAGAUGAUGACAGUCCUGCGGUACAGCUCCUAUUCCAUAACAACAAUUUUGCUAGAAAGUACCGCCAGCAGAUUGAGCAGUUUAUUAAAGGUCUUUUGUGGGAAGAAUUUCACUUGAUGUCGCAAGACUCUUCGUCAGAUGUUUUAAUUAAGCCUGGCCAUCCAUCCUGUAUUGACAUCAAUGAUAAUCUGGAACCAGAAAGUCGAACUGAGAAGAUGAGACAAAGACAUGGGAUCAUUGGUAACAGCCAGUUUCACAAGCAGUUCCUAAUAGACUUCCUUGGUUGGCCUUACUCUGAAGCUGAGCCCACCAGAUGUAAUGUCAACUGGGAAAUACCUUUAUACAUGCAAGUUUUUAACGAAGUGUAUGCUGACCCAUCCAAUAAAAUGAAAAAAACUGGACCAAAGAGGCCCAAGCAAGUUUGCUGGAACUGUGGUGAAGAGAACCACACAUUGGUGGAUUGUAAACAGCCUAAGGUACAAGCACAGAUUGCUAUGAAUCGCAAAGACUUCAUGUCACAGCAGCAACAGAAUGAACCAAAGUUCACGGGACCAUCUCGCUACCACCUUGACCCUGAAUUGUCAUCGAAGUUUACCAAAUUCAAGCCUGGAAUGAUCAGUGACAGUCUGAGGGAAGCUUUGGGUCUUGCUGACCACCAACUUCCUCAACACAUUUACAAGAUGAGACUGUUUGGCUAUCCGCCAGGUUGGCUUGCUGAAGCCAGGCAGGUUGAAUCUGGAGUCAGCAUCUUUGAUAAAAAUGGACAAGUUACUUUAAUAACUGGGGAAUGUUUGGAAGAUGGUGAAUUAGAUGAGGACAAGAAUCAAGAGAAAAUGGAAUAUGAUGUAAACAAGAUCAUUGAAUACCCUGGAUUCACAGUUGCCAUACCAGCUGGUUUCGAGGAUGAGUAUGCUACAUAUCAGAUGCCACCCAUACAACAGCACCAGCUUAAAGAGACACUUUUAGCACAGUCAAACACAGAAAAGACUUCAAGCAGGAAACGAAAGAGAGAGAAAGAGGAAGAUAAAGAAGAUGCCAUAAAGAAGUUAAAGAAUGAUUACGGUGGAGUGGAGGAAGAAGAUGGAGAGAGCAAAUCUGAAAGUGAAUCAGCAGGUGAACAGAUGAGUUCCUCAGACAUCCCUGUCACGCCCAAACCUAUGUUCAGAUCCUCUUCAACAAUUUCUCUCAGUAAAGAUUUUGGUACUCCAAUUUUGGUACGAGAGAAGAUUCACCUUCCAGAUGCAGCCAAAUUUGGUAAAAAUAUUGAAGAGCAUAUACCAUUUGAAAAUUUGCCCAACUCCACAGGAAUAUUUGAUAAAAUGAAAGACCUUUUAGAAGUGGUCAGAAAAAAGAUCAAGAAAUAACCAGAACUCUUUUUGUACUUUUAGUUGUUUUUUGUUUAUAUAAAUUGCUUGUAUAGAACUGAUACUUAUUUUGUGGCCACUGUCUUACAGAAAGGGUUGUACUGAAACAAAUUUUGUUUGUUAGAUGCUACCAAUGUGAACUUAAGUGGUAUUCAUGUAAACCAGUUAUUUCCACCCAACAUUGUAAAUGGACUUGUUUCUUAGAAUACAGUAUAUGUAGGAUCACUUUGCCUUGAAGUGUUGACAUUUUGAAUUCAAAUAAACAAAAAUAUAUAUAUGUGUCUAGUAUUGUUCAGAUUUAGCAACAAUUCACUUUAGCAAUUGGUUGAUAUUGAUUGAACUACCAGUCCAGUGUUUGGAAGAAAAGUCUAGCUUGCAUUUCGGUAAUAUGAAAGUUUCAUGAAUACACAAUCAUUUUAUUCUUUGACUCUGGAUAUAUGUUUGGAUAUAUGUUUGAACACAGACAAGUAUUUAAAUUAGAUUGACCCUUUUUUUUUUCUUGUGUAAUGUAUGGUCUAAGUAAUUCUGUAUAUUAAUAAGUCUAUUUAGAAGUUGUCAUUUUUGUGUUACAACCCAAUGAAAAUACUUAUGGCUCUGGCAGUUGAAACAUUUCAACUAAACAGUUUAUUUCUUCAAUUCUUCUUUCCACUGACCAAAGUUACUUAAUGUGUGUUAAGGAAAAAGUUUUUAUAGAAUAUUCCCUUUCUACUGAGCUGAAUUGAUGAUGAAAUGUGUGCGUGUCAACUGAUGUAAUUAUUAUUGUCCAGCGUAUUGAACAACCCAUUUUGUGUUUGUGCAAGAUUCCAUCUUUUGGUUGACACAAUUGUACAGAUUUGUUUUUUAUAUAAGCCAUCUUGGUAUUACUAGCAUUAGUAAAUUACCACUAUUAUGUACAGAUAUGGCUGAAAUUAUUUAUUUUUUUUAAUCCAUUUAAUGUUAGUGUCACACUGGAGUUCAAGAUAUUUUAAUAUCUUUGAGAAAUAGUUUCAGCAUUUUUGCGUAUUAAUGUUAAAGAUCACCAUUCUGUCUACGUCACCUGCAUUGCAAAUUGCUCAUUGACUGCCAAAUGUUACACCAAUCCCUAUUCAGCCCACAAUCUCUGGCGAGCGCAUAACAACAGCUGUGAACACUAUUGAUUUUUGUAUCUAGCAGAGGCAAUGCUCAUUUUGUGCGUUUGUACAUUACACUAACAUUAGAUGCUGCAAACAUCAUCAUGUUAGUUGGACCUGAUGCAAUGGCCAUAGAAAAAUUGUCACCCUGUGUUUGUCCAUUGACUUUGAUUCAGUGUAGGUCAAGCAAUAGUGUCAAAACAAAAUUUGUUUCAACAAACUGUAAGACUUAAUCUUCACUCUGAUGUAAACUUGAGUUCAUGUAUUACACUGUUGUUAUUGUAUGCUAACUUUUUUUUUUCAAAUAAAGUGUUGCCUGAUUCUUAGUAAAUGGGGUUCAAUUCUUUUUUUAUACCAGUUCUAGAAAAAAAACUUUAAAGAGCUGUGGUCACAAAUAUUCAGUCUACUGUAGUCAGUUGUUACAAUUUGGACUGUUAUAGUAGUGAUUCUCAAACUGUUCAUCACAAAAAAAAUAAAAAUAAUUUUAGUUAUAACAAAAUGAGCUGAGGACACAUUUCUUUUUGUUAUUCCUUUUUAAUAUUUCUGUGUAGGUUUACUAUUGACUUGAAUUGUAAUAUUGAAAGAACAGAACAUAAAAUUAUAUACACAUUGUGCAUCAAAUAAAAGUUAGUUGUUUGUUUUUUUUUGUCAGCAUCAGAAAACUACUAGUAAGGAAAACUGACCAGAUUUAGCAACACAAGACUUGAUUGUUUACAAUUUUAUUUAUAGUUUAAAAAAAAAACUUAUUUACACAUUAACAUAUGGUACAAAAAUAAAAUGUCUUAGUCAACUUUGUGGAGACAUUACAUUUUAUACAAUGAACCACAAGGGCCAGAAUGAUGUUUUUUUAAAUCCAAUACCCCCAAUGUAAUAUACCAAAUGUAAAAGUAUUAAAACAAUUAGAUGAAACCUUAAUAAAUAAAAAAUAAUAAAGAUUGUAUACUUUAAUUGGUCGUCUUUGUAUAGAGCAAAACCAACGGCAUCUAUCAACUCUGACACACCAGAAUGGCACAAGAAGAGCACAGCUUUGAUUGCUACCUCAAUGGCACAAGAGCUACUAGUAUAAUAAAUGGCAGCCAUUGUUAAAACAAUAAAAAUAAAUGAGAUUUUGUAGUCAAUUGAACAAGGACAAGAGUUCCCACAGCACAAGAAUAAGUUACAACUACUUACUGGAAGUGUAAUGAUAGUACGCAUUAUCAACACUUUUCAAAAACAUUGUCUUUCUGAGAUAUAUACAGCAAAGAAAUGUCUUGGAAUGACAAGAGGGGCAUUAAUAAGAAGAGAAAUUAGUUAAUUAUGCUAAUGUCCCUAAAAAAAAAAAUAAAA